GGACAGUCCAGACCGGUCCAGACACUGGUCCAGAAGACAGUCCAGAAGUGUCCGGUGUACGGUCCAGGGUUACCAUGGUUUGUAUAUAUUAUGUAUAUAGUAUAUAUAUAUUAUGUUGCACUUGGUUGUGGAAAGCAUCGACUUUGUUGACAUCACUAGAACCGUAUAAUUUUUCAGGCCCGCUGUCGGCAGGGAUGCCACCAGUAUCCGGAUUGUGAACAUCCUCUACAUCCAGAUGCAGUAUGUCCCAUCUGUGCCUGCGGGCGCUGUAGUGAAUGUGCACUUAACUGUGAUGGUGAACGCCCCACAAUCGUCAUGGCCUGCAACAGGCAUGCCCUCUGUCGUUCAUGCUUCAGAGGGCGUCGACAUACCAGACUUGAAGGACGUAAUCACAUGGGAGGAACUAACACGGCUGUGGAAGAAGCGGUUCAUCGUCGACGACGCGCCGACACUCGCCAUCAACCGUUUGUUCACCAUGUCACAGGGCAACACAGCAACACGGGACUGGCUCACGGAGUGGCAGAAGAUUGCGGCUGUGCCCAAUCUGAACCUACCAUUCGAGCAUCUACGCCGUGAGUUCUACAACAGGUCCUGUGCGGCAUUGAGUCAGGCUCUUGGUGAUCGCGAGCAGUACUCAACCUUCGCGGAGAUCAUUGACAAAGCAAGGGAGAUCAUCAAGACCAAGAGGUCAGCUGCACACGAGAAAUCAACAUGGCAGCCGACCUAUGUGGAGAAGGCACGAACUGGUCCGCGACAGCAGCACUUCACUGCAGUCCAGCAGGACAGUGGAGAUAACCCAGCAGCCACUCCAGUAUCAAGUGACGGAGAUCAGGUGGCCGCUGACCAGCCGCGAAGCACCUACAAGUUCCGUAACAAUGGGAAGGCGAAAUCCGCAUCGCAGGCCGGAAAUGGACAGCCAGGACAGUUUCCAUGGGUCAAGUUUGGCUUGACCGAGGCGGGGUACAAGGUCCGCGGCCGCUACGGCAGCUGCUAUUGGUGCAACAGCACCAAGCACAAGACCUCCCUGUGCCAAGAUCAGGGCAAGGAGGAUGUGCGACCCCGCCUCAGAGCUCGACCCAUUGACGUUCACGGUGCCUUCUCCUCAUCCUUCGAUCAGCUGCCACGUGGUAUCCGCCGCAAGCAUGCGAGCUUCCAUCAUCAGAGACGACAUCGAGGAGAUGGGGUGUGUUUUCUCCACGCCCUCCCGCCACAUGACGCUUCAUCGACGGACUCACCUUCGGAUCCACGCAUCACCAAACUUCUCGACGCCUACGGCGACGUGUUCGAAGACCCGCAUGGAGUAGUACCGGAUCGACCCAUCCGCCACGAGAUCAUCCUCGAGGACGGGGCCGUACCUCCGCGCCAUUGCAUCUAUCGAAUGAGCGAGGAAGAGUUAAGUGUGCUUCGGGCACAACUCGACGACCUUCUAGAGAAAGGCUGGAUUCGGCCUAGCUCAUUGCCAUACGGUGCUCCUGUUCUCUUCGUCCAAAAGAAGAACAAGGACUUGCAGUUGUGCAUCGAUUAUCACAAGCUCAACGCGCAGACGAUCAGGAACGCCGGCCCUCUCCCACGCAUCGACGACCUUCUCGAGCGAUUGGGCGGCGCCCAGUACUUCUCUAAGUUGGAUCUCAAGUCAGGGUACCACCAACUCGAGAUUCGCAAGAAGGAUCGCUACAAGACCGCGUUCAAGACUCGGUAUGGGCAUUUCGAAUGGCUGGUCAUGCCAUUUGGCCUUACGAAUGCCCCAGCCACUUUCCAAGCGGCUAUGACGAUGGAGUUCCGCCACAUGCUGGAUCGUUUCGUACUUAUAUACCUCGACGACAUUCUGGUUUACAGCCGGAGUCUGGACGAGCAUGAGGAACACCUGCGCACCAUUUUGGAGCGGCUACGACAGGCCAAGUACAAAGCAAACCACGACAAGUGCGAGUUCGCACAGCAGGAGCUGGAGUACUUGGGACACUGUGACGCCGCAAGGCAUCCGUCCGCUUGCGGAGAAGAUCGAGGCCAUCCGCGUACAACUGACAAUUGGAGGCAGACACGACGGGAUACCGCUAGGAUACCUGUUGUGUUCCAGGUUCUACUACCAGGAGACGAGAGAAGGCUUAGGGCUGAGACAAGGGCCCACAAUCUACAGAUUGCGAGAGCAGCAGCAGCAGCGGCUGAACGUGCGUUAGCAGCAGCAGCAGGUAGCGCUGUAGCUAUGGCUACCACGACAGCAACUUCUGCUGCAAACUUAACUGCUCAAGGGCUGGGCAUGCCGUCUAGUUCACAGUUCAUCUCCAGUAUGUCAGGAGGUGGCACUAGUCAGAUGGCGGGCUCGCAGUUCGGCUCGCCUUCUCCACGCACCCAGGAGCAGAUGGAGCUCCAGCAAGUCGAGAGGAUCUGCUUAAGGCUAGAGGAGGAACUCAGACAGGCUACUAAGAGAGAGAAAGAAAUUAGAGACAGAAGUGUCAUUCUAGAGGGUAGGGAGGCAGACAAGGUUGCGCUAGAGGGGUUAGAUGACUCAACCCUUAACGGAGACAAGAAGGAUGAGGCUCUCGACACGUGGUUGAGAACGGUGCCAGUCUGGAUGAGCGCAAAGAGGACAUUGGUAGAGGAGGAAGUGAUUACUGCUGCAUCCUAUUUAGAGGGUUUAGCAACUCGCUGGCUAAAUAUUGGUAGCUUCAAAGGGUUCGGCAGGAACAUGGGUGACAGGGUGCAGUCCCACACCCUAAAAAGCUUUAUGGAUUUAGUGGAAGCACGGUGGCACAAUCCUCAGCAGGCAGAGAUUGCCAUUGAUGGAUUAUUAAAGCUUGAUGCUAGGAAGACGAUCACAUCUCCCUUGAUUGAUCUAACUCGAUUUGACACCCCAUGGGACUGGACCGACGAGUGUGAGGCAGCUUUCAAACGGUUGAAGCAUACUCUUACGCACCAUGAGGUUCUCAUGGUACCCGACCCGCAAAGGCCAUUUGUUGUAACCACUGACGCAAGCCAAUACGGCAUUGGCGCAGUGCUGGCUCAGCAGGACGGGAAAAAGUUGAGACCCGUCGAGUACUUGAGCAAAAAGAUGCCAUCAAAGAAGUUGGCAAAGUCAACCUACGAGAGGGAACUCUAUGCUGUCUACAAGGCACUUGUCCACUGGAGGCACUAUGUGUUAGGAAGGUUCUUCUAUUUGAGAAGUGACCAUCAGACCCUCAAGUGGAUCAAGACACAACCGGUUCUCUUUGAUGCACUCAAACGCUCGAUUGAAGUCAUAGAUCAGUAUGACUUCAAACUAGACUAUGUGAAGGGAGAGUACAACGCUGAUGCGUUGUCUAGAAGGGCAAAUUACCUGGGUGCGGUGAUUUUCGAGUUUGGCCUAUUUGAGGACGUGACUCGAUCUAUGGAGGAAGCCUACAAGGAAGAUCCCAUCACGAUGGACAUCAUCACCAAACUUCAGGCUAAAGACAAGGCCACCACUGAUGAGUUUGUGAUGGUGGAUGGGUUGCUCUUCCUUGAGAAGGCAGGGUUUAAGAGAUCAGUUGUUCCAUCUAGGGAAGAUUUGCGUAGUUUGUUUUUAGGAGAAUGCCAUGACGCAACGGGACAUUUCGGCUAUAAGAAGACUUGUGCUAACUUAGUGCAGCGAUUUUGGUGGCCUUACAUGCUGGACGAUGCAAAGAAGUACGUAAAGACCUGUAAGGUCUGUCAGCAAGACGAGCCGCGGACUCAAGCUCCACUUGGGUUACUCGAGCCUCUACCCAUUCCUGCUGGCCCAAGGCAGAGUAUCUCUGUGGACUUCAUGGAUACUCUCGUGACCAGCAGGAAUGGCAAGAGGCACAUCUUCGUCAUAGUGGAUAGGUUCACUAAGUACGCUAGACUAAUCGCCAUGCCAGAAACUGCCAGGAUUGAGCACGUCAUCAAGUUGUUCAUGGACAACUGGGUGCGUGACUAUGGAUUUCCAAAAACGAUCAUCAGUGAUAGAGCUCAAUGGUAUGCGUUCACAUAUUGCUUGAUCGAUGAAGUUCUCUCAUGGGGACAUCUGCCACCACCAUCAGAGCACUAUGGCCUCGAAUGGAAGGAGACCACAAUGCCUGAUGGCUCUUGCACAUUCUUGGGUGCACGCCUCCAGUGUCGCCUAGAGGUUGGGCUAGUGCUGGUCCGUGGUUGGGACUGUGCGACAGUGGAGGCAGCUCUAAAAGAGGCACAACUACAGAAGGCGUUAGGAGAUAUAAAAGCGGAGAAAGAUAGAAUGAUUAGAAGAAGAGCCAAGAUGCAACGUGGACAAGCGGACGUUAGUGAGUUAGAGGAGAUGGACCUGGCGAACGUGACUGAUGACGUGAGACUCGUGCGGUCUGUGCUUCUGAAUGUAGUUGAGAUGCAGGACCAUCAGACAACCAUCCUCCAGGACAUCCAGCAAAUUCUGGCCCUGUUGGUUGGGCGAACGCAGGUAACGUUGCCAAUGUCCGGGCCUGGUGCCGGGCCCGUUGUACAUCCUUCUCCUUACGUCCCACCGGUGACUGGUGUAUCUCCAUAUGUAGCCCCGUCAUCGGUAGCGAUCGUUUCCCUUGGCAUGCCACUGUCAGGAGGGGUAUUAGUAGGGACCAGUUUGCAGGUUCCUGUUCAGAUUGUGUUCACCCAAACUACGUUGCAGGUUGCGGUCACCACGGAGCCUGCUGUCUCGCAGCCUGUGCAGCCGCAUGGCACACAGCCUCAGCAGCUAGCACAGCAACCUGUGUCACAGGGUCAACAGCCCGCCGUGAUGCAAGGACCGGGACAAACACAAUGGGUUCCAAAGACGGUCAUCGCCGCUCCAAAACCCUUCACAGGGGACAAGACAGGCGAAGAACUCGACACAUGGUUGAGGGAUGUCCGAUUUACCAGCGAGUUGUGGAAGGCCGCUGCUGCAGAGCAGGGAACUCAGUUGCAAAUGACUUCUGGGAAUCACCCAGAGGCCAAUGGACAGGCCGAGGAACUGAAGCGUGCUGUACAACACCUGUUGAGGCACUACAUCAAGCCCAACCAGGUGGACUGGGAUGAGAAGCUUGCCCUCAUCGCCAGCUUGUACAACAACGUUGUACACAGCGCCACAGGGGUGAGCCCAAACAGCUUACUGCUAACAUUUAAGCCUAGACUGUCCCUAGACUUUCUUCUCCCUGAGAAUCAAUCCACUGCUGCACCAGGCACCUUAGAAUUUGCUUACUGCUAUGAACAGAAGAUUCAGCAGGCUGUAGAGCAGAUGCAGAAGGCGCAGGCUGCAAUGAUAGAGUCUGAAAAUAGACAACGCCGGCCUUCUACAUUUCAGGUUGGGGAUAGGGUCUGGGUUAAGUCUUCAGAACUGGGACAGGAGCAUGGGAUCUCCCGCAAACUCAUGCUCCAGUACUUUGGACCCUGGGAAGUCUUGGACAUCGUUGGGACAGAUCCGGAUGGGCCAUCUUAUGUUAUGCCGAUCCCUGGUCAUCUCCGUACUUACCCUGUCUUUCACGCCUCCAAGCUGGCACCUUUCGAAGAGACUGAUCAGUUUCCUUCUCGCCGCUCAAUGCUGCCCCCAACCAUGGAUGGAGAAGUGGACAUCGAUGACAUCGUGGAUGACAGGGAGCUGCCAGCUCAGAGACCUGCAGGAAAGUCCUCCGAACCCGAAGAUGCAGUACCGCGUUCGGAGUAUACCGUGCGAACGAGCGCAAACCUGAAGAAUUACUUUGUUGGGAACUUCCGGCAGGGUCUGCCUGGAUUGUCCAGGAAGACGGAUGUGAAAUGGUCCAUGUGGCGAGAAGGAGCGCAGGGGAGACAGCUCACAGAUGCUGCCAGAGAAAGGUACAAAUCGAAGCCCUGGAUUCUGGAGGAUAGUGCAAAGAAACAUCAAUAUCAAGGGGUGCCAGAGUCGCAACAUUCAAGUUAUUUCAUUUUUAUCAGGAGGGACAAGGAUUUCAUUGCCCUUCCAAUGGCUUCCUGGUACAACUUCCGUCCCAUGCAGACUUACAGAAUGCUCACUUUGGAGGAGGCAGAGCAACAAAUGGCAAAUAGAAGGAAGGCGUUCCAGAAGAUCAUGAUGAAGCCAUUAGAUGCAAGUGGAGGAGAUGGUGAUGCAUUAGCUGGAUCUGGAGUAGGUGGGAGGAGAUUCAAAGGUGAAAGCGAUGAUGAUGGUUCACCUCGUGGAGAUGGUGACAGCGACGAUGAUGAAGCAAGGAGAAAAGAGAAGUUUGGUGCCAAACGGGGGAACAAGGACGAAAAGGGCGACGAUGGUGAAGAUGCAGCAGAUGACCCUGAAAUUGACCUGGAUGAUGACGAGCCUGAAAAAGGUGAUGAUUGGGAGCACGAGGAGACGUUCACAGAUGAUGAUGAUGCGCCUGGAAAUGAGCCAGAGGAGAAGGAAGAGGAGAGACCACCGACACCACCCCCUGAAAUCAAGGAGUCUGUACAGGGUCAAGAAGAGGCAGACCAAAAGGAGGCCAGACGGAAACUUCUCAUUGCAAACAUAGAAAAGAUCAAGGUGAGUGGAUCUUCCAGUCGGUACAGUAAGGACAUGGCUGAGUUCAUGCUGUUGCAGGAUGAUAUCAAGUGGUCCUACUUUCCUAACUGGGAUGAGAAGAUUACCAGUUUGGAGAACAGCCAUUUUGAGCUUGCUAGAAAGCUCGAUGACAUUUCCUCCAAAUUCGACCAUCUUUUUACACAUCUGCAGAUCUCUACACCUCUUGGGAGCCGUAAGGGAAGCCCCAAGAGGAUCCUACAACUCGAACGUACAUCCCCAGCCUCUACACCCGAAUCAACAACCGCCUCACAACGUUCAGGUCCAUUUUAUUUGCAGUGGCCCAAGCUGACACCUCCACCCAUAUUCUCUACAGAGUACCCCAAGGUGGAUGUUGCAGAUGUUGCAGAUUGGGUUACUGCACAGAGAACCUACCUGAGUGGGUUCAAAUGUGACGAAGAUGUGAAGUCUAUUGAACGAAGCCUGGCUAUGGCGCGUAGCAAUGGCCUUUUUGGCUAUAGGCCAGGCCAUUUGAGGUUCUAUUGGAGCUGGGAGUCUAUGCGCGAAGAGGGGGCUACAGUGGAUGCCUGCCUGGGCCUCAGUAAAAGUGACGGGCUGGCAAGACUAAAGAUAAACGUCUACGAAGGGAAAGAACAGGAGAUGAGGGAGGAUGAGAAAGUGCAGGGGGUAGUCAUCGAGGCUCGCAAUCAAGCCGAGCGGAGGUGCAGGAGGGAUGGAGUGACUGUGGCCUUGGAGAUUACGGUCACUUACCACGAGGAAGAUAACUCCACGAGCACGACUGAGCGGGAGCAGCAGGAGCUGGACCGGGACUUAGAGGCCGAGUCCGAAGCCAGUGACGCGCAGACGCGGUCUUGGCACGGGAUGGAACUGUGGAGUGUCGGCCGAGAAAGUGAGGAGGAGGAGCAGGAAGGAGAGGGACUCAGCAAAUCCGGUAAGGAGCUGAAGAAGCUGCUUGGCAAGUCUGUUUUCAGCGAGGACGGAGUGGAGGAGCAGGCUGUGCCACAGGAGGAAGAAGAUGAUGAUGAAGAUGUGGAUUUGGACAAGGAAGAUGAGUUCUCACCAGUAUUUUGCAUUCGCAAGAAGGAUGUGAAGGAAGAGGCAGGCGAUGGGGAGGGUGCUGCCACUGGAAGGGCAGGUGGUGGUGGGGCAGGAGCAGCAGCAUCUGGAGCUGGUGGAGGUGGUCGAGGCGGAGGAAAGAAACGGAAAGGACCAGAAAAGGGUGGUGAUGCUGCUGGAGCAGCGUCCACUGGGCCAGCAAAGAAGGCCAAGUCAGAGACUGGAACAAACCGAGAGCUUUCGUUCAAGUUUGGCUGGCAAUGGAAACUUUCCAUUCCCACAAUUGCUUGGGCAGUGGUUCGAAGGGUCGGUGCGAGUAAAGUCAAUCACUUUUCUCAGGAGUAUUGCUAACUCCGGGUGAUGUGGUGAGUCCUUUUCCAUCAGUGAAAUGGGCAUCGUGGCCAGACAGU